CUCAUUCUGUCAUCUGAACGUACAUACAUACACGCUUAACGUGGAUAUAUACGCUUAAAAGGAGGAGAUUGUACUGUAUUUCAUCUAACUAACUUUGCAGGCAAAAAUAGUGGUCACUCCACUUUUCGUCGACAAUGUAAAUGUGACACAGUGUUAAUUCUGAGUGGAAUUGUGAGUAAACAGAAAAUGUUAAAAUAGCCGUAUUUGCACCCUUCAUCAACCCAGUCGCUCGCUCAUGGGAACUUGGACAACAUCAUUAAUAUCAUAGUUCAUAUAGCACAAAUUCUUGCGUCAGUUGACUCACUGUACGCAAUAUUUUCGGCCAACUAAUGAAUAAUUCGGCCAAAAACCAAAACAUCCGUUUCGGCAAAAAUAAAAAUACAAAACAACAAUAAUGUUGAUCCAUCAUCCGAGUUGACGUUUGUUUUUCGAACAAUUUGAUCCCUAUUUAACGUCGCGACGAGUCAAUUUAUACUUCACUUUGUGAAAAACAGCUAAAAUGUCAAGAAUUCCGAAAAGUGUGGUGAUCCUCAUCAUCUCAAUAAUUCAUUUGCAUCUCGUGGACUCCCAGCGUGGGACAAUUUACCCGAUGACGUUCCAACCAGAAAUUGACUCUCUCGAUAUCGGCGUCUACUUUAGGAACGAGCGGCUCGUGAAAUUGCAAAUCAUGUGCAUCUUCUACGGCGGACCGUGCGACAUUGCUGGACGCUGGUUGAAAUCUCGAAUGAUUCCCGGGAUUUUUGGGAAUUGUCCAGCCUGCAGUAAACAUCAGCAGAAAAUGUUGCCAAAAUGGAUGUGGAUGUUCGCUGACCGAUACCCGGACAAAUUUCGGGCCGUGAUUGCACAAUGGUUAAUGGACCAAGGCUUUACCGUUCCGUCGGAGGAGGUGCCCAAAAUUCAGAAAGCGCUCGGGUUUAGAGACCCGGUUAACAUAUUGUUCCCUCGAAAUGUCAUUAAUGCCACGUAUGAAAGUGCCCUGCAAACGAGACAGUUUAAGAGGCAGCCUUCCCUCAUCGACUUUUUUGGAAGGACACGAGGUGGUCUGCUGGGUCACUAAGGAUAGGUUGAUCAGGGGCGCCUUGCAAUUUGAGGCGAAAUUCGCAUUGCAAAAAUGCAGCAGAAUCGAAGAGCGGAGAUUGUCAUGCAUGUAAACAAUCCAGUUCUUAGAGAACCAAUGACCGCGGAACGAGUGGGGACGCAGGGACAAUGUCCCCAUGGUUAUUCGAUGUCUGCAUCAUCUGCCCAUCUGAUAUAAACCCCUCCCUCCCCCCAUCCUACAAUGUUAAUAUCCCCAGAUGUCCCCACGGCUUCCGCGGCCACUGGAGAGAGCUACUUGUAAAGGGUCACAACUUCAAGUCGUAUGCAGGUAGCGUCACUUCUAGUUGGCCGUGUGUGUGUUCAGUUAGGUAAUGUUGUUCUCAUUGCGCAACAAGACACUGACAUUGCUCUUUUUCUUCUUGUAAAUGACUGAUUAACAAAGAGAGAUGAUAAAUAUCUAGUCAAACUAAUCAUUUGUAUUCUUGUUUAGUGAUUUGUCAUUAUUUUAUUGUACACGUUGAACUAAUGAUGGGUUAAAAAGCGUGCCGUUUUUUGUAGAUAUAAUUUAUUUCAAGUUUGUAAUUUCUAGUUUAUAGACAAAUAUGAGCGUAUCGAUCGAUAUCCAUUUGUUACUUCAGCUUCAUUCUGAGAAUAUAAAGUUAUCAAAUUCUUCUGUUUA